AUGGUCAGCUGGGACUCCCCUGAAGAACUCGCCAUCGAGGGCGCCGCCUUCAACAACCUCAUCUUUGCCUUGUUCGGGCUAUAUGUUUGGGAGUUGGUGAUGACCAUCAGCUUUGAGUGGUCUUUCGUUACCAAGAAGCGCAAGAUGUCCUGGCCUCUGGUACUCUUCUUCUUCCUGUGCCGGUAUUGCAUGUUCUUGGCCUUCGUUGGGUUAAUAAUAUCCCUCACCAUCAAGACCAAGAUCAACUGCGGAGCUCUGUACACCUUCAUUUCCUUUGCAGGGAACAUGACCGCUCUGUGUGCAUCAACUUCACUCAUGAUCAGAACACUGGCAUUGUGGGAGUUCCGUCGACCCGUCGUCAUUCUUAUGGUCAUUCUGGCUCUCGGUCACUGGGCUAUCGAGAUUCGCGGCAUGGUGAUCGUCGAUUCUCAAUGGAGUGAUGCGGCCAACGCAUGCACAGUGGUCUCCGCCAACCACUUGUGGCUGAACGCGAAUUACUUCUACACUAUGGGCUUCGACUGUAUCAUCCUCAUCUUCACGGCGACAGCUCUUGGCCGUCGCUUCAGUGACGCAGGACUGUCUGGCCUGCUCUUCCGGGAUGGCUUGGUGUACUUCAUUGUCACGACCACUUGUAACACGAUACCUGCAGUGCUCAACGUGCUGGAUCUGAAUGGUGAGCAUUCUGUUCCACUUUUCAAUGCUGCCAAUACUGAAACUCAGUUCUAG